CAUUCAUUCAUACUUUUUGUUAAUAGGGCUCAGGGUUCUAUACAGUACAGAUAUAAUGCUAUUGUUGUAACUAAACUUGCAUAUCGUAAACCAUAAGAGAGGUCGUAACAAAACCAUGGCAGUCAGAAGCAUGUUAGAUGAAAUGGUCGGCGUGGGUGACGCCGUAUUGUUAGAACCUCUAUCCGAAGACAACUUUCUGGAUAAUUUACAGAAAAGAUUUCAACACGAUGAGAUUUAUACCUACAUCGGGAAUGUUGUUGUAUCAACCAACCCCUACAAGACACUUCCAAUAUACGAUGCAGAGAUGAUUGAGAAAUACAGGGGAAGGAAUUUAUAUGAAUUGCCACCACAUAUCUAUGCAGUGUCAGACCUUGCGUAUCGUUCCAUGAAAAACUACGGUCGUGAUCAGUGUAUCAUGAUCACGGGAGAAUCUGGUUCCGGGAAAACAGAAGCAAGCAAGUUGGUUAUGAAAUAUGUGGCGGCCAUGAGUAGCCGCUCCACUGAGGUGGAAACAAUUAAGCAACAACUCCUACAGUCAAACCCUGUGCUUGAGGCGUUUGGAAACGCAAGGACAAACAGAAAUGACAAUUCAAGUCGAUUUGGGAAAUACAUGGACAUCGAGUUUGAUUUCAAAGGGGAUCCUGUCGGUGGUUUGAUUACCAACUAUUUAUUGGAGAAAUCGAGAGUAGUACGGCAUGGAGAAGGAGAACGAAAUUUUCAUAUUUUUUACCAAAUAUUGUGUGGAGCUUCACCCACAAUGUUAAAAAAACUGAAGUUGGAAAAUGUUGAGAAUUUCUCUUACAUCAAACAAUUGGAUGCAAAUCCUGAAGAUGCAAAAUCUUUCAAUGAAGUCUUGAAUGCGUUUGAUAUCAUUGGAUUCUCUCGCAGUGAGGUUGACAACGUUCUUAUGCUCGUUGCUGCCGUACUUAAACUUGGGAAUAUUCGGUUUAAAGCAAUUUCUGCUAAGAAUGGGAUGGAUAAUUGUACAAUAACUAACAUGGAAGAGGUUGCUGAUAUUUGCGAGAUGCUGUCAAUCAAACCACAUAAUCUCACGUCAGCUUUGACCGAGCGUACGAUGACAGCGAGGAAGGAAUCGGUCACAUGCACGCUGUCGGCAAACGAGGCAUCCUACAACAGAGAUGCAUUGUGCAAGGAGAUAUAUGACCGCUUGUUCACAUGGCUGGUUAACAGGAUAAACAGCAGUAUUAAAGUAACGACACAAACCAACAAGAAAUGCAAAGUGAUGGGCGUAUUGGAUAUUUAUGGAUUCGAAGUAUUUGAGCAAAAUGGAUUUGAACAAUUCAUGAUCAAUUACUGCAAUGAAAAGUUGCAGCAAAUAUUUGUUGAGUUGACUUUACGCGAGGAACAAGAGGAGUAUGUAAAAGAAGGAAUUGAAUGGCUUCAUAUUGACUACUUUAACAACGCUAUUAUUUGUCAACUUAUUGAAAGUCCUCGUAGUGGAAUCCUCUCAAUGCUGGAUGAAGAAUGUCUUCGACCCGGUGACGUCACAGACGCCACGUUGCUUACGAAGUUGGAAACUGUUUGCGGCAAGCAUGAGCAUUUUGAAAGCAGGCGCGACACCAGGUUUCUUGGAGAUAAAACACUUCCACAUAAUGCGUUUCGUAUUCAACAUUAUGCUGGGAAGGUCACAUACGUGGUUGAAAACUUUAUCGACAAAAACAACAACUCAUUGUUUCGUAAUCUUUCAACGGCUGCCUUCCUUUCGUUACACCCACUGCUAGGGGGGGCUAAAGGGCUCUUCCCCGAGGGGGACCCCUUAACUACGAUGUUAAAGCGACCCCCAACAUCAGCCACGCAGUUCAAAGCUUCCAUGACGGCACUUAUGAAGAAUCUACUCAUGAAAAACCCAAACUAUAUAAGAUGCAUCAAACCUAACGAGGUCAAAAGGUCAUCGGUGUUCAGCAGUGAUCUUGUGCGCCACCAAGUGAGGUAUUUAGGUUUGAUGGAAAAUGUCCGUGUACGAAGAGCAGGUUACGCUUUCCGACAGAAAUAUGAAGAUUGUAUUACAAGGUACAAGAUGCUGAGCACAAAAACAUGGCCGUCAUGGCACGGACCACCUAAAGAAGGGGUGAAACAGAUCCUUCUUAAAACAAAGAUCGAUCCAGAGCAAUAUGAAUAUGGGAAAAGCAAAAUAUUCAUUAGGAACCCAAGGACGCUGUUUAAACUCGAGGAAUACAGAAACGCGGCGUUGCACGAUAUUGCGACCACUAUACAGAAAACAUGGAGGGGAUAUCACCAUUGGAAGUUGUUCCAAAUUAUGCGACAAGCACAGAUUGUCAUCAGUAAAACUGUAAAGAGACACCAGAACCAGCAGCGAUAUUUGAAACUGAAAUCUGCAACGAUUGUUAUGCAAUGUUUCAUCAGGGGUUGGAAGGCAAGAUGCUUACUGCGAGCAUACAAGCUUCACAAGCUUCAAUGCAUAUCCGUGUCCAUCAUAGCAGCGCAUUGGAAGGGUUAUACAACGAGACGAGAAUAUCGAAAGUUUUUCCGUGCUAAUGCUGGGAAGGUUAUCGCAAAGUUCAUGGAGAAAUAUGUGGUAUAUUUGUAUCUCACCAAAACAAGGGAUUCUUUGCCAUCUAGUUCCCCAAUUGAUAAGAAAUGGAGCUCAUGCAAAUAUCAAUUCCUUUCUUCCACUCAUCCAAUAUUAAGGGAUUUGUUUCACAAGUGGAGAUGCAUGAAAUACAGGAAGGGCCUCACCCCUCAAAGAAAAACUGAACUAUCAGAAAAACUUCAUGCGUCAAAUUUAUUCAAAGGCAAAAAAUCGUUAUACCCGUCCUCAUUGGUCCAGAAGUUUGUCGGUGAUCAUGUGACUCUCUCCUCCAAUCAGAAGUGGCGAAAAGUUGGGGGCGGGGCGAUUAUUAUUUUCGCAGACGAAGGAUUUAAAAUUCAUAGAAAUAACGGAAAAUUCGUUUCCUGCUACAUCGUUAUGACAGACAAUGCUGUUUUAUUACUCGAAGAAAAAUCACUGAAGCAAAAAUGCCGCGUCGCUGUUCAUGACAUCAGCGGAGUUUCCUUCUCACCUUACCAGGACGGGAUGAUGAUAUUGCAUUGCAAACCACCAGCUGAAUCUAAGAAACACAAAGGCGACUUAAUACUAAAUGUUGCUCAUUCUAUUGAACUUGCUACCAAGAUGUCGCUAUUGGUCGAAAAAUCAACCAAUCAGAAGUUGUCAUGCAUCAUUGAACAGAAGGUUGAUUUGAAAUGCAAGUCACCAAUGAGCCUCCAGUUUAAUGAACCAUCUGCAAGAGUGGUUGGUGGUCCAACUGUGAAAAAGAACAAACACAUGUUUAUAGUAGGCCUGCCAGUAAAUGGAGUCUCUCCUUCUGGGUGAAAAUUGUUGCCAAAAAAAUGGAAAAUUUUUGAAAUGAAACAUAUUUGCCAAAAAAUCAACAAAAAAAAUGCGAUUCCAUUUUGAAUUGAAAUUUAAGAAACUGAACCAGAGAUUUCAGUAGUUUUCCAAAAGUGUUUUCUAAGCAGCAAUUCUGUUUAUUGCAGGCUUUAUUUGUAGCUCAAUAUAUUUUAGGACUUACUAUCCUUGGCCCACUAUGAUAUAUUGGCGGUUAAAAUGAACCAAAAUUUCACGAAAAUUAAUCCAAUUUUUUUACAAUUUAUUGUUUCAACUAUUAGUUUAUUGCGUCCUAAUUUAUAAAUAGCCACAUUAAAUUAAAAACAAAAAUCGAGUCUGAAAGCAUAAAGUGAUUUUUGCCAAGGCUAACUACAAGCCAAAUUACAACACCGUUUUGCACAACAAGCCAAGCAUAUUUUUUAGAACUUGUUUCAAAAAAAGUUUAACAAUUCCUGUUUUAUACAUUCCUAUCUAAUCCUAUACUGGCCAAUCAGUAUUAAGUGUUUCAUGCAAAACCAAAGUUUCAUAUUUUACUUUUUUUUAACCAUGAAUUGCCAAACAUGAACCAGUAGCAAAGUGCCUUUAAUUAAAAGUAUGUUUUUUCACUACAUUGUGCAUAUUGUUUAUUAUUUUGUAUGUGCCUGCCAUUUGUUAUAUACUUGUUUCAUAUCGCGGUACAAAUUUUCCUAUAAGUAUUCCCAUGCGCCUCGUAAUCCUGUUUUACAUUCCUGUUAAUUAUUGUAGUAUUUUGCAACCAAAUCAAAUACAUUGUAGCCCUAAUGA